AGUUCUCUUCCAAACGAACUCAUUACCUCCAGAACUGCACCAAGCCAUUGAUGAGGGGCCCGUCCCCAUGACACAAAACCUCCCAACUGGGAUCCAAUUUCCACGUGAGAUCCGGACAAACAUUCAAACUCUAUCAGGACUAUAAACCAAAUAAAGGUGGAAGACCUUCAGUGCAGGCAUUAAGUGAGCACUGAGAUUCCAGGCUGGGAGUAGCAGGCAGAGUGGCUCCUCACGGCCUGAAGCUCAUCCUUCUGCACGGGCUGGCCAGGCCAGCACAGAGGCACCAGGGCAGCGGCGCACACAGGUCCCCGGGGACCCCACCAUGUGGACCGGAUGCUGGCUCUGGCCCCUUGUGGCCGUCUGCACUGCAGACUUCUUUCGGGACGAGGCAGAGAGGAUCAUGAGGGACUCCCCUGUCAUUGAUGGGCACAACGACCUCCCCUGGCAGCUGCUGGAUAUGUUCAACAACCGGCUGCAGGACGAGAGGGCCAACCUGACCACCUUGGCCGGCACACACACCAACAUCCCCAAGCUGAGGGCCGGCUUUGUGGGAGGCCAGUUCUGGUCCGUGUACACGCCCUGCGACACCCAGAACAAAGACGCCGUGCGGAGGACGCUGGAGCAGAUGGACGUGGUCCACCGCAUGUGCCAGAUGUACCCGGAGACCUUCCUGUAUGUCACCAGCAGCACAGGCAUCCGACAGGCCUUCCGGGAAGGGAAGGUGGCCAGCCUGAUCGGUGUGGAGGGCGGCCACUCCAUUGACAGCAGUCUGGGCGUCCUGCGGGCACUCUAUCAGCUGGGCAUGCGGUACCUGACCCUCACCCACAGCUGCAACACGCCCUGGGCUGACAACUGGCUGGUGGACACGGGAGACAGCGAGCCCCAGAGCCGAGGCUUGUCACCCUUUGGGCAGCGUGUGGUGAAGGAGCUGAACCGCCUGGGAGUCCUUAUCGACUUGGCUCACGUGUCUGUGGCCACGAUGAAGGCCACCCUACAGCUGUCCCGAGCCCCGGUCAUCUUCAGCCACUCCUCGGCCUACAGCGUGUGCGCAAGCCGGCGCAACGUGCCUGACGAUGUCCUGAGGCUGGUGAAACAGACAGACAGCCUGGUGAUGGUGAACUUCUACAACAAUUACGUCUCCUGCACCAACAAGGCCAACCUGUCCCAAGUGGCCGACCAUCUGGAUCACAUCAAGGAGGUGGCAGGAGCCGGAGCCGUGGGUUUUGGUGGGGACUUUGAUGGUGUUCCAAGGGUCCCUGAGGGGCUGGAGGACGUCUCCAAGUAUCCAGACCUGAUCGCUGAGCUGCUCAGGAGGAACUGGACGGAGGCAGAAGUCAAGGGCGCACUGGCUGACAACCUGCUGAGGGUCUUCGAGGCUGUGGAGCAGGCCAGCAACCUCACACAGGCUCCCGAGGAGGAGCCCAUCCCGCUGGACGAGCUGGGCGGCUCCUGCAGGACGCAUUACGGCUACUCCUCGGGGGCUUCCAGCCUCCAUCGCCAGUGGGGGUUCCUGCUGGCCUCCCUCCCUCCCCUAGUCCUCUGUCUGUGUCUCCUGUGAAACCCGGGAGACCAGAGUCCCCUUUAGGGCUCCCGGAGCUCAGGGAAGACCCGCCCAUCCCAGGACUCCGGAUGGCAGGAGCCCUGCUGCCCACGUGGAAGGACCAGCGUCUCCUGAGCGGGCGCCUGGGCUUACCUGGGGGGCAGGAUGCCUGGGGACAGCUCAGGACACACACACAGUAGGCCCUCAAUAAAAGUAACAUCCCUUGA